UACACUGAGAAAAAAAGUAUAGUAACGCGAACCACGGCAUUAUGCUUAAUUUUACCAUUCCCAAAUAUCGUGAACUCAACCAAAAACUUCUUUACACCUACUACAAAUCAAUGGAAAUUACCAUGCCACAUGGUAAUUGUAACAUGUUGAGAUAAAUAAUAAACAUAUUCAGCAGUACCAUUUGAUUUUUACCAUUUGUCGAGCAGGCAUAGUAAUAUUGACUCAAAAAAUGUUAGUCACAACUUUCAACAUAUUAGAUCUAACAACGCAUCAUAGUUGUGGCAAAUAUGCAAAAUUUAAUUUAAUUUUUUAGUUCGCUGUGUGUCAUUUCUGUCUCUGUUCGUCAUGUUGAUAAAUAAAUUUCAUUUCGGGAAACGUUCGCCGGAUUUAAGUGUACCGGAUCAUUGCUUCGGUAACAGCAAGAGGUUCCCUUUGCCGCAAAUACAGUACUUCGCGGGUCACAGUACCAGCACAUACAACGACGACAACCGUUUAAGAAUCCGGCUCCCCAGAAGCAGCACUGAUCCUCCAAGAUGCGGCUCCCUCAGCAAUUCCAACCAGCGAAGACCUACCGUUCCGAUGAAGUCACCUCCGAAAACCCCUACGGAAGGAAAUGGCUUCCGCGAUAGAUUUUGGACAGAAUACCUUUCCCGCGAGCUUUCCCGCCAGCUCAAACGGUCCCGAUCCAUCUUCCUUUCAACCUACGGUCCUCGAUUGACUCGGGCCGAGUCCACCAGCCCGAAGUACACGACGCUGACCAAAAAACUGCAAAUCGCCAGUAACGGUUCCCGAGAGGUCGAUUCGCCAAUUACCACUUUUCUCCUCGGAUAAGCUUUUUCCUCUGCCGGUACCGCAUCCACCACCGGAACAUCGUCGUCUGAUUCCCCGCAGAACUUUCAUUCGCAUCGUCCGCAUCCGAAAACUAGAUAAUCUGAAAAUCGCGAGUUUCUCAUCUUCACAAUUGCGGCCAAUAAAAUUCUGCCAGCCGCCUGUGGAGAAUAUGGAUCAAAAGGUUAUUUAACAAAUUAUGUUUAUGUUAUUAAAUUAAAUCAAUAAAUUUAAAUUCAUUUGUUUUCUCAGUUUUUCUGCAUUUUUUUCAACGUAAACAGAGCAGAUGACACUAACGUUGAACUACGCGCAUAGUAAUUGAAACCAUAUACGAUGGUCAAGCAUACUAUGCAGUGUACCAUGCGCAUAGUAAAAUUAACUACAAAAUUUGAUUCAAAAACACUAUAAAAAGUAAACAUAAAACAACAUAGUAAACUGAACCCUGCACAUGGUAGUGUCAAGCAAAAAGUAUGGUCUACCAAAAUCAAGUAGUAAAAGUGUUUUAAUUUCACCCUCGAUACAGUCAGAAUUACCAUGUCCCUUUUUUC